AUGCGUCUCUCUAGGCGUAUCCAGCUGAGUCCUGAGGUGAUUGAUUCAGGCCUUCAGCGGCUGAACUGCGUCUCACAAAACAUUAUAGAGGUGGAUAUUCACCCAACGGUUCUGGCGCUUCUUACGUCUGCGUCUCCGGAUGUUGUGCGUAAAACCGUGGCAGAAUUGCCUCUGCACAAAGCGGGGGAUCUUGGAAAGGAAGACGCAACGGAAUUUAGUGAUGCCGGAAUGAAUACGGCGCUGUCAUUCUCCCUUCACACGGUGCUUCUUUCCCGUAACCGUUUGACAACCACAUUGGGCCUCGUUCAGUUCAAGAAUGUGGUGCGGCUUUCCUUGCUGGGGAACAGAAUACAACGCAUUGAGGACUGCGAGGCACUUUCUUUGCUACCUUCAUUGCAGUACCUUACGUUGGAGUUUAAUCCGGUGACGUCGCUUCCGCACUAUCGUGCUCAUAUCUUUCGCAUCUGUUCCUGGCCUGACACUCUAAGCCAAAAAAAAUGUCGACUGAGAAAGUUGGACACACGCUCUGUUUUACCAGCCGAGGUGGAGCGAGCUGCAGAGUGCCUUCAGCGCGAAAAGGUUACAUUAGGUGAGCUUGUUCACCGCAUGCGAUUUUUAGCUCUCUUGACUGAGGCAGAGAAAAGAAUAGCGCUACACAAUGAGCUUCGCCGUAGGGGCGUUGUGCUGCAAGAUACCGUUCUUAAUCUAACGGUUGAGAGUAUCGUUACAAGAUGUUCUACACAGCUGCUGGCCCUUAUUGACGUCGGCGCCGCCUCGCACCUUGCGAGACGUCUUAUGAGUGGGAAAUGCCGAAUGUGUGCCAUGACCCCAGAGAAUUCGUUUAACGCGGAUACGUCUACCGAGAACGAAUUUUCGCCGGUAGCCACUUCCUUUGCGCAUUCGCGUUCCAGUUCAAACAUACUGACACUUCAAAGUCCCUAUCAAGCUGAUUUGACGGCAUUUUGUAAGGAAUGGUCAAGAGAUGUCUUUCGUCGUGCCAUGACAUCACUUGAUCAUCGUAUUUGUGGCCUUCUUCUGAAUAUUGCUCAUACGCUGGGUGAAGAGCUGACUGUGAUGGAUGUGGAUCACUUGAAUAAGCUUUGGUUUACGCAGGUUGCCAAGGUUGACAGCUGCAAAUUCUAUCAAUGCGACAAGUUUAAGAAAAAUCUUAUGGAAAAUAAAAAGUUACUCAUAGUUACCUCAAGGAGAGAGACAUUGAGGGAAGAAAAGAAUGAGGUAGCGAGAAAGAAUUCUACACGGGAGGAAUUUAUUCGUGUUGCGCUCAGCCCUAGUGAGACCCACCUGCACACCCCAUGCGUGGAGGCGAAGGAGGACAAUGCGGGCGCUGUAUCGCUGCGCAGCGUCUCUUCAAUUUCUCAGGACGACGUGCACGGCAGUGAUGUCAUUGCGAUCCAUGACUGGCAGAAACCGAGCUCUGGUGGUUUGGACGAGUCCUGUCGGAAACAGCCAGAUUUGGCUAAAGCAUCGUAUGACGCUGGCAACACGGAGGCGUUGAUGGAGUCUACGACCGUGGAGGGGUGUAAUAGUGAUCGGGUAUCAGUGGAGCUGCCACUGACGGCACCUGUUCCAUUUCCGGCAUUAAAAGAAGAAUUCUUGCUUGAGCAAGAAAUACAUCAUAGGCUUAACUGUCAUGUACGGCGUCGCAUCCUGCGUGUGUGGAAAACCAAGGCGUGGCGGAGACGACAAGGUGCACUAUGUUUACAAUUUACGCAGAAACGUCUUGAAGGCUUACUACUACUUCCAACUCCAACUCCACACGCCAUCUGUAAUACGCUGCAACUGAUCCCGCGGAGAGAGCGAAAGUAUGUGUUUUUUAAGUUUUGGCGUGAGCAAGCUCGACGGUCGUAUGCUCCAAGGUUACUCCGUCUGGCGCAGCUUAUCACACGGUGGCGAUGGCGGACGUACCAGCAACGGAUCAUUAAUCACUUUGCGGUGAGACGUCGCACACAAAUUUUAAAUGAAGUGUGGUGUCAUUGGCGUGAGGCUCUGCAUACGCGCGUUGCAGAGACACGCACUCGCCUGAGAGACAACGCACACAACAUAGAUGUUUCCUCCAAUGCGAUGACGGGUCUCCAAUCAUCUGCACAAAAUAAUCAUCGAAUCAUGACGAUUUCGUCUGAGGCAGAAUCAAAAGAGCUUUAUGAAACUCCUUUUGAGAGCCGGUUUCCAUUCAAGGUGGCUACAGAAGCAACACCGGGUCUCACAUGCAGCACAAAACUCUCUGCGAACGGCAGGGUUAACAUGCCGCACACCCUCCACAUGGUGAGCACCCCUGCAGUUGCAUCUCAUCUUUUCUUGCCGAUGAUAACGCCGAACGCGGGGGAGGCUACGCCUCUUCAGCCAUCCUCCUUCUGUGAUAAAGAAACGCAAACAACACCAUCACCAUCGAACGAUGACCUCAGAGACGAAUCAAGGGAUAAAUUUUGUUUGGAAGCCAAGCAGGCAAUAAAAGCGAUGCAGGUGGAUCGUCUACGCCUUGUCGAUCGGCUGAUCUCCCUGGAACAACGACUGAGUGAGGAAUCCUUGCGUGUUCAAUACCGAGAGGAAGAGAUUGAAGGACUCAAGCAAAAGCUUAACGCCAUGAUGCUUCGUGAGGAGUGUAUGGGCUCUACUAUUAGCGAUUACCAGCGGGAGCUAGGGCAUCUGAGGGCCGUCGUUCAGGCUCUGCGGGAGGAAAGGCGGGAUAUGUUACGUCCCAUUUUGCACUGA